UCGCUCUUAUUCUGUCCUAAAAUUCUAACCUAUUUAUCAUCGAACGCAAACUGAAAACUCGAAACUUUUUUUUUUAAUCAAGGCUAAAUCAUUUGUAUUUAGCCUACUUAAUCACAUUCCACAAUAAUUUAAAUAAAUCAGCUGUCUGAACGCAUUUUUAAAGAACAUUGUGAGUUUGUGUGGAUUUAUUUAUUUGUUUGUUUAUUUGUAAUUAAGAUCUGGAGAUCACCUGCUGAUUUUUAUUUAUUUUAUUUUUUUACCAUUUUCCAUUGCGCAUCUUUUAGUUCACCGUAGUUAACCUCAAACGGGGAUAUGGCGGAUUUAGAGUUCGGAUCUCUACAAUCGUGUUCCGGCGGCGAUUCCCCAGCGAUGGAAUUCGAGAACGACAAAGAUUCCGGACAUCACGGUCGGAGCAAAACCGGGUCGCCGCCACUGCAAACUCAGCCUCCCCAACAGGGUAUGGAGGGAAUCAAAGUUUAUUUGCACGAGAGAGAUCUGUGGGCGAAAUUUCAUGAUGUCUCUACAGAGAUGAUCAUUACCAAAGCUGGCCGACGAAUGUUUCCCAGCUACAAAGUGAAGGUAACAGGCCUAAAUCCCAAAGCAAAAUAUAUCUUACUGAUGGACAUUAUUUCAGCCGACGAGCAUCGGUAUAAAUUUGCAGAUAACAAAUGGUCCAUCAGUGGUAAAGCUGAGCCGGCGAUUCCAGGCCGACUGUAUGUGCACCCAGACUCACCGGCUUCAGGAGCUCACUGGAUGAGACAGCUCGUCUCUUUCCAGAAACUCAAACUCACCAACAACCACCUGGACCCUUUCGGACAUAUCAUUUUAAAUUCCAUGCAUAAAUACCAACCUCGCCUGCACAUCGUGAAGGCAGACGAGAGGAACAGCUUUGGCUCCAGCAACACAAGUUUCUGCACACACUCCUUUCCUGAGACGACUUUCAUCGCUGUAACUUCCUACCAGAACCACACAAUCACUCAGUUGAAGAUUGAGAAUAAUCCAUUUGCUAAAGGUUUCCGUGGAAAUGACGAUGUCGAACUGCAUCGCAUGUCCCGUACACCAAGUAAGGAGUAUCCACUUGUGCCACGUAGUACUGCAAGGCAGCAUGUAGCUCCACCCUCUCCUGACUGUCUCUCUCGGUCAGAAUACACUGUGACACAAAAACCCAGUCCAGGCUACACCUGCUCCGACACUUCAGGUGAUCACACCCUCACUGAAGCCACACACACUCAUGACCCCACCUACCAGCUCUUCACCCACCAGCUCUCCCCCUGCAGUAUGGACACCGCACAGCACCAGCCUUGCAUGUACGGAAGCUCUCAGGUGGGCAUGGAGGACCUCAGGUGGGCGUCUUAUACAGACAGUACAACUUACCAAAGCUUUUCUUCUGCUAAAGAAAUGAGUGGGACUUUUGAUCCCACCACUGACCUCUCUCAGGAACUGUAUCCACAAUACACCUGUGAGGUGGGUGUCCAGUCACACUGCAUGAUGACUGAUUUAUCGCUUUAUGCUUGCAGUCGAUCAUUCAGCCAAAACCAACAACCAAACAGCUGGUGUGGGGGCAGUUGAGCAAGUGUGGCAGUUGAGCA